AUGGGCGGGAGACGCCUCGGACCCGCAUGGCCAAGAACCACUAAGAGCAUUUUAGAAAUGGAGGCAGAGGGCGACGUUCCUCACAGUUCUGUUCACUCCUCGUUGUGUUACCCGUCGGACAUGUGGUGGAUGCUGUUCCCCCGGUGGAUCUGGUUCCUCCUGGGCCACUGGUCUGCCAUUCUGCUCUCUCCGGGCUGCAGCCGAGCGAUGCCGAUGCCCAUGUCCGUGGCAAAGGUGGUGUACUCUCAUGCAGGACUGUGUCCCAAUGACCUGAACCCCAACCUGUGGGUGGAUGCUAUGAGCACCUGCAUGCGGGAGUGUGAAACCGACCAGGACUGUGAGCCGUUUGAGAAGUGCUGCCCUAAUGUAUGUGGUAACAAGAGCUGUGUGGCAUCACGCUUUAUAGACGUCAAGGGCAACAAGGGCCCCAUAGGAAUGCCCGAGGGCGCCACCUGUGACAAGUUCAUGUGCUCUCAGCAAGGGUCCGAGUGCGACAUCUGGGACGGCCAGCCCGUUUGUAAGUGUCGGGACCGCUGUGAGAGAGAACCCCACUUCACGUGCGCGUCCGACGGCAUGACAUACUAUAACAAGUGCUACAUGGAUGCAGAAGCCUGUUCCAAGGGUAUCUCUAUCUCUGAGGUCACCUGCAGGUACCACCUGACCUGGCCAAACACCAGUCCCAAUCCAGCAGAGACCACCUUACAUCCCACCACCGCCCUCCAGACCACCCUCCCUGCUGACAUCCAGCUGCCUACCAUCCACAGCGGCCCCACCAAACAGGCUGUUUUUGUGGGCGAGACAGCCAGCUUCCUGUGUGAGGUGUCUGGGAAGCCACAUCCGCGAAUCACCUGGGAGAAGCAACUGAAGGGCAAAGAGAACACCAUAAUGAGGCCUAAUCAUGUGAGAGGGAACGUGGUGGUCACCAACAUCGGCCAGCUGGUCAUAUACAACGCACAACUUCAGGACGCCGGCAUCUAUACCUGUACAGCCAAAAAUGUUGGGGGAAGUGUGUCGUUACACUUUCCCUUGGUAGUGAUCGGGAAGGAGGCGAAGGGUAAGAACGCAGAGGGGAAUAAUACCAACCUGCCGUUUCCAGCUGAAGAGUGUCUCAAGAGUCCAGACACAGACGACUGUGGAGACGAGAGCAUGAGCUGGUACUACGAAACAAAGAGGAACAAUUGCUUCACCUUCACCUACAGUCAGUGCAACAAAAACCGAAACCAUUUCGACACAUAUGAAGCCUGCAUGCUGUCAUGCGGAGGAGAGCUGGCGGCCCCCUGCAGCCUUCCGAGCCUCCAAGGGCCCUGCAAGGCCUACGAGCCGCGCUGGGCUUACAGCAGCAGCCUGAAGAAGUGCCAGUCCUUCGUGUACGGGGGCUGCGGCGGCAACGAGAACAGCUUUGAGUCCAGAGAGGCCUGUGACGAGAUGUGUCCAUUCCCCAAGAACCACAACUGCAAGAUGUGUAAACCCCGACACAAGAUGGUCACCAGCUUCUGCAAGAGUGACUUUGUGAUCCUUGGCCGCGUGACCGAGCUCACAGAGGAGCAGGAGUCGGGCCACGCUUUGGUGACGGUGGAGGAGAUCUUGAAGGAUGAGAAGAUGGGUCUGAGGUUCUUCGGCAAAGAGCCCCUGGAGGUGACUCUUCUGAACAUGGACUGGAACUGCCCCUGCCCCAAUAUCACCACAGCCGACGGGCAGCUCAUCAUCAUGGGGGACGUUCAGAACGGGAUGGCCGUCCUGCAGCCCGACAGCUUUGUAGGACCCUCCAGCGCUCGUAGAACCAGGAAGCUCCGUGAGGUCAUCCACAAGAAGACCUGUGAUUUCCUUAAAGAUUUCUCUGCUGUCCAGUAGAGUCUCUUUAAGUCUCACACUCACUGAAAGUCAGUUGUGUUUCUGAUAAUUCCAAGCUGACCUCACUCAGUCUGACUGACUGUCUGUGAACACUAAACUAGUAACUUAUCUGUAACAUUGGAGGUUUUGUUGCCUGUUUGAGACGUUUCUCUUUCUUUACUUUGUUCCUUAUCGCUCAGUAGAUCUCAGAAAAUCUCUUUGUAGCUUUGCUGUUGUCACUGAUCAUUUUUGUCAGCUGUUUUUCAUUCAUGAUUACUUUUCAGAUGCUGGGUCAAAACUGUCCUAAUAGCUCUCUUUUAGAAUAAGAAUCAAGCUCAGACGGUGUUGAUGUCCGGUAGAAUAGUAAUAGUCACAACUAUUUACCCUGUACAGAGUACUUCAUCUUUGCGACCGUUUACUAAAGCGGCAUUCUAGAUUUCCUCUCCACAUGUUAUCUUCAAUACACUCAUAUUUGUCAUUUAAGGGUAUGUUUUAAUAUGACUGGUACGUUUGCUUUAUGUUUUUGUGUGUUAUCCUGAAACACUGCGUAACAUCUGUCAGGAGCUCUUGAGCUCACAAUAAUGCAAAGCCUCAGUUUAUCUUACCAGAAUCAAAUAAGCUCUUUUGUUCCAUAUUUUGUGGAUUUUGAUAAGACUUCAUUUACAAUACAGAGGAUGUAUGUGGACUUCUGUACUAUGUAUUUAUUUUUCUUGAUGUAUUUCCUAUAUAUAUUUAUAGGCAGAAAGUCUCUCUGUGAAUCUAACUACAUAGAGAGCAGACAUAUUUUUAUGGUAUCUAUGAUCUAUUCAAACUUUUAUGGAAU